UCUUUCUCUAACCUCCCCCUCCCCCCGCUGCCUCACCGCCCCUUUUCAUGCUGGAACGGCAAAUGAGCUCGAACCAUAGAGAGGGGACGACCAUUUCCCUUAAAAAUAAAUAAAAAUAAGUCAACGCACAGAGAUAUACAGACCCUAAAGAUGCGGACAGGAAGCGGGGAGGACGGAGCCGGAUGUAGCACGCGGGACGCUCGUUGCUAAGCAACGGUGGUAAACAGCUGCCCUGUGGAUUGGGUGCUGCGGUAAGAAGAGGCAGGUGAGAAUAGGCUUGGCUUGAGGGGCUGGGGACGAGUGUCUGGAGCAGCCAGACAUGCUCUGCGAGGGCGGGCGAGCAGGCAGGCCUUGCGGAGCGCGGGGGUCCAAGUCACCCUGGAGACUGAACAGUUGGGUGUGGGUGUCCCCUCUUGGCUUCAUCCCAUUUCUCGGUGGAAGAUGUUUGCUUGGCUCCUGCUGCCCCCUGUAGAACUGACCAAGCAGUCGCUUGGAGCGAGCGGUAACAGGACGCUGGGUUGAAAUCUUUUAAUUCUGCACCUAACUGGCAGUCUUGAUGAAGAAUGGGGGGGGGGGCGUGUGGCCAGACACAAAUUGUUGGUCUCCAACACCUGUCAGCCCUAGCCAGGAUAGGCAAGGGGAUAGUCAGGGAUGAUGGAGGCUGGAGUGCAACAUCUGGAGGGCCGCUGGUUCCCCACCCUUGACUUGAGGAUGCAACCUCUAUUAGUUUCACAUAGGAAUAGCUACCAUGAUUUAAAAGCAUUAUUUUGGCAGGUAUCUUGCAUCAGCUUUCUGAAAUUGAGGCCCAUCACUUGCCAACAUCUGAUGAAGCUUCUACUGUAGUUACAUUAAGGUUAGUGUACCUGUAAUGAGCUAUCAAACACCUCUCAGGCCACCUUCCCAUUAUUAGGAAUUUUGCUGAUUCCAUUAGGGUCAGUAGUUUCACUGACCCUAAACACUACCUUAGGUGUACACUAUGUUACUGUUUUCUAUUACAUGAGAACUGUCAUAGUGAAUGAGAGCAAUAAUAUAUCUAGUUAAAUAUCCUGUAUUCUAGAUGCUAUACGUAUAGUGUCAGCUGAAUGCUAUAUAUAGAACUUUAUGCAUUUUAUUUAGUCUGCUGUCUUUGGUAGUCAAAACCUUUCAUAAGCUUAGGUUGGUGCACCAGUUGAACAGAUAGCUUGAUCACAGUUGCCCACACCCUGAUAUAAUCUAGGGUUGAUGAAUGUGAUACAUUGCAUGUGAGGUACUUUUGAGUACUGGUAUGGUUCAGCAUACUUUCUGAUCAUUUUGAACAUAUUUCAAGUGUAUUUAAAAACUUCACUGGCUGCUCAUCAAUUUCUGAGAGCUGGUGCUUAUCUUUAAAUGGCUUGAUACCCAGGUACCUGAAGGAAACCUUGCUACCAUGUCAGCUUUCCUGUGCUUAUCCUCUUUGGAGGCUCUCUUCUAGGUACCCCCACCAUUUGAAGUAGGGAGGAUGGAGAACAGAGAGGGGCUUCUUGGUUGUACCACCUGGUCUAUGAAAUUCCCUCUCCAGAGAAUUUUGUCUGACACCAUUAUUACUAUCUUUUAGCAGUGGGUAAAGGCUACAUACAAAUAGCUUGUUUGUUAAAAGCUUAUUAAAUAAUUGGGUAGCAGAAGCAAUAUUAGAGAAGUGUUUGUGGAUCAAACCUGUAGACAGAAGACCAAGUGUGAAAAGGUUUCCUUGCACUAACCUUGAAUCAGGGGUGGGAUAGUGGAUUGCAUCAAGUUAUGAAUCUCCCCACCACCAUUUAUUAAAGUCUUUGUAAAAGGCUUUCAGUGCAGAUAUAAUGGUUUGAUCCCUCCCUCUGCCGGUCCAUUUUAAGAGAGGAAAGGAAAGGACUAGAAAACUUGAUACACUGUUGACUUCUUGUCCCCUUUUCUACACCAUUCCUCCUCCCUUAGGCCCUGAUGUCAACACAGAAAUUUCUAAUGGCAUAGGGUCCCCAAGUUUGCCUGGUGCACUUACAUUUGCACAGAUUUAAGGAUUCUGGAUAUUGUGUUGAUACAAUGUCAGGCCCAUAUGCAAUAUUCUGUCAUCUUCCCCAUAUGCCAGUGCUGUUUCCAUCACUGAAAAGCAAGGCCCCCUGUAUAUAUCUGUAAAGCCCCCCUAGAGCUGAUGUGUACAGUGGUACCUCGCAAGACGAAUGCCUCGCAAGACGGAAAACUCGCAAAACGAAAGGGUUUUUGGUUUUUUGAGUUGCUUCGCAAGACGAUUUUCCCUAUGGGCUUGCUUCGCAAGACGGAAACGUCUUGCAAGUUUGUUUCCUUUUUCUUAAAACCGUUAAUACAGUUGUGACUUGACUUCGAGGAGCAACUCAUAGCACGUGGUGUGGUAGCCUUUUUUGAGGUUUUUGAAGACUCUGGUGAUUUUUGAAGCUUUUCCAAAACUUUUCUGACACCGUGCUUCGCAAGAUGAAAAAAACUGCAAGACGAAAAAACUCGUGGAACGAAUUAAUUUCGUCUUGCGAGGCACCACUGUACUUGCUUUCCCCUAUUAUAGUAGGGGAAAGGGAUUCUAGCAUGAGGGCCCCAAUCAUAGCAUGUAUGUAACUUGUUGCAUUCCCCCAGGCUUUACUGGAAAUGCUGAAUGGCUCAUUUGCAGCUGGCCGUGUGUUCACAUAUGGAUCCAAUGGCAGCCAAUUCCAGCCUUCCUGCAACAAGCCAGGAAAGAUGCCACCCUGAGGCUCUUAAAGAGCAGGUCCAGCUAGAACACUUGAGGAGUAAUAUCCAGCAGCAAUUCCUGUGCAACAAAGAUAAGAAGUUGGCAGAUCUUCAUAUCCAAAAAGGGCGGAGCUCUUCUUGUUCUCAGCCUGCAGAAACUAGUCAACUGAUCUUGGAGAAGGCAGGUUUCUAUUCUGCUGGCCCACGCAAUUGGUACUUCAAGGGCCAGGCCAACAGUCUGCCCUCCCACUGGAGAACCAAACGGAGAGAAGGUGUGGACAGGUCAUACCCUCUAAAACCAGUCUUUCCCCAUACAGCUGGGAAUGUUCACCUGCCCAGUUCUUGGCAAGUUGGGAGCCCACCAGCUAGAAAGACUCCUCCCAUUAGCCCUAGCUCAGAGAAAAAAGGAAGGUCACAUGCAGCCAAGACUCAUCAUGUUAGAGGGCCUUCUCCUUUUUCUGUAGAGCAAUCCAAGAGAGCAGCUUCUCAUUCACGUAGGGCAGAGUCGGGCUACAUUCAAAAACUGGAGGCUGCUGGGCGGAGCUUAGAGGAGGAGAUCCAGCGAAAGGAGGCCCUGCUCAGGGAGAAGCUGAGGAGAACGGAAGAAGAGCUUCGAAGAAUCCAGUGGGAGAGGCAGCAGGCAGAAGCAGAAGGAAGACGGCAGCGGGGAGGACUAUGUAUGCCUGAGAGGAAAGCAGCAGGUAUUACUCAGGGCCAUGUUUCCAGGUCUAUAGUUCAAACGCGUAACUGUCAAAAGGUACAUAUUCCAGACAGCCCUGCUGUCUCAGUGGGGACUGCCCUGCCUCCCCAGGCACUCCACAUGGAAAAGCUAAAAAAGCAAAGAUUGGUGGCUAGCAACAGUAAAAUUCGAGAGAAUGUAUCCCAGAUUUCAGCCACUUCUAGCCCAGAACUGGCUUCCAUGCGUGACCAGGCUCCUUCUGCAGCAGCCUCGUUGGGACAGGUUGACUGUGUGGCAGCAGAACCCUCAUAUACAGAGGCUCCAAGCAGUGUAGAGGAUUGGGGAGAGUGCAAUUUCUGUGGGCGAAAGCUUUAUUGCUCCAGGUUGGAGAAGCACAUAAGCAUCUGCAGGAAGAAUCAUGGCUCCAAGAGAAAAGUGUUUGAUUCAAGCAAGGCUAGAGCAAAAGGCACCGAAUUAGAGACCUAUUAUCUAUUGAAGGGUACAGACACCUCUCAGGUAAUAUAUUUACUUACUUGUUAUGCAUACCCUGCUGUUCCUUUGGGUCUGUUUGGAACUUUUAGACAGUCACUGAUCAGCCUGGGUUCUUUUUAGCUUUAAUGAUGUACCAGCAUCAUUUGCCAUCAUUCUUUGGUUUCCACUUUGGUCUGGGAUGAUGGUCAUUCUUUAACGCUUGGAGUUCCUUUCAAAUCAUGUGGAAUUCCUAAUAAAUCUUGAUGAUCCCUAACAUCCCUCUAAUUUCCAUUCAUUUACUUCAAUUCAGCCAUGGGUAGGGUGACUGCUAGAAAUUAGACCAGACAAGAGCCCAAUAAGUAGGUUGAAGUCCUGGUAAAUGUUUAGUUAAAUACACCAAGACUUAGCAGGGAGAAUGCUAACUAUUUUACCUUCUUUCAUCAUACAAAAACGAGAUGUUGAGGAUGUGAAAACAAAUUUUCAAAAUUAUCAAAUUAAUUUUAUGUAACAAGUCAAGUCACUCAUAACUAACCUACAAAUGUCACAGCUGCAUGGUAAGAUUAAGAUCAGGCUUAGAACGAUCCUUUGAAAUUAAGAAUGAAGAAAGUACUCAUAUUUAAAAGUAUGGAACAGUCCAGUGGCAUUAAAGUCGUUCUAUUUUAGAGGGUCUGUUCAAUUUCAUCAUCAGAUUAACUCUGGUAAUUUUACCCCAGUUUAAGAGAUUUCAUCUGCAUUCCAGUUACAAUGUUCAGAUGAUCUGAGUAGUGGCAAUGAUUUUGGUAGAAAACCUAGUGAUAUCAUUCUGCAGUGGACCUGUGAGUUAGUGAUAUGACUUUUUAAAAGCAUCACUUUCUGUCCACCUAGCAGAACUUUGGUCUUCACAUAUGCUAUGUAGUUCCAUUUGCCUUAUAGGGACCAAGAACUUGUUACAUUAGAAAUGUCCUGCUAUCUGGUAUAUGAAAACUAAGCUGUGUCCAGAACAAAAACAGUGGCAGGAAAUAUCAGAGUGUGAGCUGACAGGUUGUACUAAUAGUUUCUCCCUUUCCCCCUUCUCACUACAGAAAAAGAAUUCCAGACAAAAUUUUGAGGCUUCCAAGCAAAACAGUGAGAUAUCUAAGCAAAGCAACUGGAGACAGAAGCACGAAUCGUUCAUCAAGACAUUGCGUAGGGCUCGUGAGCUGCAACGAGUAAUCUCCAAAGGAGGGAAGGCAUCAGACCUCCCCCCAGCCCCUGCUAUGGAGAACCCAGACUACAAGUUAUGCCCUUAUUGCACCCGUCAGUUUGCACCUAAGGUGGCUGAGAGACACAUUCCCAAGUGCAAGAACAUUAAGAACAGACCCCCACCGCCACAGCAAAAGAAGCGCUGAUAGUAGUGGGCCAAAGUGAGAUCUGCAACUGGAAUCAUCACAUUGAGGCUCCCUGCCAUUUCCUUGUUUGAUAGCACAGAGUAGCAGACAGCAUUCCCAGUGCUGCAGUUUCAUUUUAUAUAUAAAAUACAAAGGUGUGAAAUCAGUGAGAAGCCCACAAACCAUGAACAGAUUAUUAAACCCCAUGUAUUGCAUAUUAAGGUCCAGUGCUUCGUAAAAUAGUUAGACCUAAGGUAGUGCUCUCACAUCUGUGUUGCUGCUGUUGGCUGGUCCUCAUUCCCUUCCCCGUGCAGUUCUUCACAGAACCCAUGCACAUUUGUCAGGAACAUUAGGAUUUCUGUCUGCCUCCUAGGACAUGGGAUUAUGUGCUAGAAAGAUACUACUGAGAAUUAUCAGAAGGAACUCUUACCUGUCUUGAGGUAAUCUUCAACUUUGUGAGGCAUCUGCUAAGUGGACUACCAUUCUUGGUUUACAUGUUCAUACAAGAACAGAGAAUUCUUAGCUCCCAUAACUGAAAUGAAGGUCUUAAACUACCCAGAUGCUCAGCAUUACGUAAAACUCAAACUAUAGAACUGUAUUACUUAUAUAACUGCUGGGAAGGGGCGAUACCUACUUGGAUAUAUUGCAUGCUAUCCAUCUCAUCUGGCCAUUAAGUUUUCUUGCCCAUCUACAAAUACUGGCAAACAGAAACCUGGUCUGUCCAAAUUUCUCUAAAGCUAAAAAAGAAUGGCUAUGGGGAAUAUGAGAAUGGCGAUUGUAAAAUGGAUUGAUUACUUUAGCAUAAUUUUGCCACUGAAUCCUACCUCUUUAUGCAGUCAUAAGCUCGGGGAGCGGGGAAGGAAAACUAGUUAGUGGGCAAUUGGACUAGCCAUAUCUUUGGUGUCAGGUUAGUGGCUGAGACAUUUUGGGGGCUCACCAACUAGAGAGAGUGUUUGGCAAGCAAGGGGAACAAGUGCAUUAAAAGCAGGGUGGUGUAUGCAUUCAUUGUCUCCCAGUGACGAACUCAAGUCUGUAAUAAAAUAUGUGGAAUGUGGCAACUUGGAAAACAUG